AUGCAGUUCAGACAUGGCUUCACGAGCUCUGUUAUUUUUCUUUUUUUACUGCUUUCUCCGUCGUAUUUUGGGAAUGACAAAUGUACAGUGGACAACACAAGUAUACAAUGCAUCUACGCUGAGACUCUGGGCAGCAACUAUUCGAAUUGUAAUGAGAAUUACACGAUCAUUUUUGCCUCUCCUUGGCGGUACUUGUUGCUCAAGGAUAAUCCAUCGCCUAUAUUUUCCCUGAGACCCACUGUUUGGAGGGAGGUCACUACACUACAAAGGAUCAAGGACACGUAUAGAAUCGCAAAACUUUCUGCAAAUUUCAGCCUCGAGCGGGGUUCUUCUGAAGCUAUUUCGAACAAAUCUCAAACGUUUUCAAUAUGGAUUGCGAAAGACGUGCGGCCAAGUUUAAACAUUUGCAUACACAUCAACGAUUAUACUAUCCCAAGAGAUUACGUUAACAAUGCCUCUUUCAUAAAAAAUACAAGACGAAUUAAACGAUUUCGCCGUCCUUGUUCGUAUUAUGCAAAUAGCGUCGCUUGUUUACGAAUACAGCGGUUGACAUGUAGCGGUGACAUCGAAGUAAAUCCUGGCCCACGGCAAAUGCACAAAUGUCAUGAGUGCGAGAAAACUAUACGGAAAAAUCAAAAGGAAACUAACUGUACAUCAUGCCUCGAUCUGUUUCACGUAAAAUGUAUUGCAUCCACAACUGAUAUCAAAACUAUUAUAAGUAAUUAUAUUUGUUCCAGAUGCCUGUGGACUGAAUUGCCCUAUCAUUGCAUACAGAACGAUAGUUUCUCACUAGAAGCGGGACAAUCCUCCUCUACCGAGAGCGACACUUUAGACCUAAAUAAACACCUCAUCAACCACAUGAGUUCUCUCACCACCAGACCAAAACACCUAAAACUAAUGCAUCUUAACACCCAAAGCAUGGUUUCUACAUUCGACGAGUUAGUUCUAACCAUGAAGCAAUAUCCUUUUGAUGUAAUCUGCAUGAGCGAGACUUGGUUAAAAGACAAUCCACUGUUACUUCAGCACGUAAACAUACCCGGGUAUAGCUCUGAAUUCAGAAAUCGUGAUUCAAUAAAAGGCGGGGGCGUCGGAGCAUACAUCAAUGAAUCGUUAAAGUAUCGUCGAAGGAGUGAUAUUGAGAAGAAAGAACCCAGCCUUGAACAUUUAUGGCUCGAGUUCCCCGGCAGAAAUAAACAUAGCAAACUACUUGUGGGGACAAUAUAUCGCUCAGAAAAAAUGCUAAAAUGUACGGAAUGGCUGGAACGUUUUGAGAACCUACUCGGGUAUCUUACGGCUAGCUGGGAUGGUCUUAUUUUGGUAACUGGUGAUAUUAAUAUUGAUCUACUUGGACAUUCGAACUCUGUAACAACCCAAUACUUGGACAUGCUGUCGUCUUUGAACCUCUAUCAGCACGUCCAAAAACCAACUAGAACAACAUAUAAAUCCUCAACACUUAUAGACCAUAUAAUCUCAAAUUCACCCACGCGCAUCUCACAUACUGAUGUCUUACCUUGCCCAUUGGUCAGUGACCAUGACGCUGUUUAUGCCUGCAUCAACAUCAAAGUCACAAGAUUUGAGACACGAUACAAGUAUAUACGAUGCGAAAAAAACUUUAACGAUUUAAACUUCGUCGAAGACUUUAAAACGUUACCUCUCUCCGUAAUCUAUGGCGUUGCUGACCCUGAUGAAAAACUCGAUAUAUUAAAUUCUUUAAUUACAGAAUGUAUUGAAAGACAUGCGCCGCUAAGACGAACCAAGAUCACGAGACCCCCAGCACCAUGGCUCAAAGAUCCUACCAUCCAAGAUCUACAGGAGCAAAGAAACGUUCUCCAAGCCAGUGCUCGAAGAAGUAAGGAUGCCCAAGCGUGGGAACUAUUUCGUUCAGCUCGUAACCGCCUCAAAGCAUUAAUUAAAACUGCUAAAAAGAAAUUCACGCAAAAAAUGCUUUCUUCUAAGAAACCCAAGGAAGUAUGGAAAGUAAUACAUCGCAUCUUGCACCCAGAGCCGCGUAGGAUCACCUUUCACCCUGACAAACUCAAUUCUCAUUUUACUUCAACGGCAGAACGUACAAUCGGCACUGACGUCAAUGAUAACAACAGUUACGACACUAUAAGAAACAUGAUCGAUUCGCUUCCCCCAGACUACGACAACGGCUUCCAUAUAAAUCCUGUCACACUGGGCGAAGUUGUAAAUGAAAUACGUUGUCUACGAGGAGACUGUUCCACAGGACCAGAUCACAUUCCAGCAAAAAUGAUCAAAAUUGUGGCCGAAUAUUUGGGUUCUCCAUUAACCGAUAUCAUUAACACCUGUAUCGCGAAUCAAAGCUUUCCGUCCGCGUGGAAGAUUGCGCGUAUUUGCGCAAUCCCAAAAGUUAAGCAAAUCACCUCUGAAAAUGACCUGCGGCCUAUAUCAAUCUUGCCAGUACUGUCGAAAGU